AUGAGAAAUCACACAUCAGUGAAGGAAUUCAUCCUCCUGGGACUGACAGAUGACCCACAGCUAGAGAUCUUGAUUUUCCUCUUUCUGUUUCUCACCUAUAUAUUGAGUGUGACUGGCAACUUGACCAUCAUCACCCUCACCCUGCUGGAUUCUCACCUUAAGACUCCCAUGUAUUUCUUCCUCAGGAAUUUCUCCUUCUUAGAAAUAUCAUUUACAUCGGUUUCCAUUCCAAGAUUUCUAGUCAGUAUAAUAACUAAAGAAAAAAUGAUUUCUUACAAUUCUUGCAUGGCCCAAGUAUUCUUUUUUAUCCUCCUUGGUGCAACAGAAUUUUUUCUCCUUGCUGCUAUGUCCUAUGAUCGCUAUGUGGCCAUCUGCAAACCUCUACACUACAUGACCAUCAUGAGUAACAGAGUCUGCAGCCAGCUUGUAAUUAGUUCUUGGUUAGCAGGAUUUCUCAUAAUCUUUCCACCAGUCAUCAUGGGACUCCAGUUGGAUUUCUGUGAUUCAAAUAUCAUUGAUCAUUUCACCUGUGAUUCUUCUCCUAUGCUGAUGAUAUCUUGCACAGACACCAAGAUCUUAGAAAUCAUGAGUUUUUUCUUGGCUGUGUUAACACUUAUGGUCACAUUGGCAUUAGUGAUUCUCUCUUAUGCAUUCAUCCUCAGAACUAUUCUGAGAAUUCCCUCUGCCCAACAAAGGAAAAAGGCCUUUUCCACCUGUUCUUCCCAUAUGAUUGUUGUCUCCAUCUCUUAUGGAAGCUGUAUCUUCAUGUAUGUCAAGCCUUCAGCAAAAGAAGGGGUGGCUAUGACUAAAGGUGUAGCAGUCCUGAACACUUCUAUUGCUCCCAUGCUGAACCCCUUCAUUUAUACCCUAAGGAACCAACAAGUGAAACAAGCUUUUAAAGACACUGUCAGAAAAAUUAUUUUUUUUUCCAAUUCACUAAUUCUGUUUUCCUGGGAGUUUUUACCUUUUCCAUCUCACAUUUCAGAAAGUUGUUUUCUUUUUCGCCUUUAUCAAAUUUUUCUUUUAAUGAGUUAUAUGUCUUUUCUGUACUUUCUUACAGAGUUUCUCUUUCCUGUCUCCAUUUUUCUUCUAUCUCUCUUUUAAGAUCUUUUAUAAUUUUUUCUAGGAGAGCCUUGUAUGAUGGGCAUCAGGUUAUAUCCCCCUUUGGGUUUUGUCUGGAGAUUGACAGCUAUUAAUCUCCUCAGGGGUGAAAAUCUGCUCUCUUUCUGUAUGGAAGCUAUUUAUAGUUAGAGUUCACUUGGGUUUUUUAGUCAAUUUUUAAAAGCCCUUAGAGUCUGACUUCAGGGCAAGGAGGUUCUCAGCUUCCUCUACAGAACAGGGAUAUAUGGAAAGUAGCUGUCCUAUGAACUGGCUGCAAAGAGCUGCCAUGCUGCUGUGGAAGUGUUACUGCCCUGGGCAGAACCCUACUGUGAGGACUGUGGCUGCAGCUGCACAGCCACACUGUGGUUGUUCUGAGUCACUCUUGGUGAUGGGUGGUUGUGGCCAGGUCCUGUUAAACUCUGGCGUUUUGGGGUACACUUUACUUUUGGUAGUUGUGUAAACUUCUUUGCUAAUCUACUGCUUUGCAGUCAAAGCAGAGCAGCCAAUCUGUGGUAGAGUCCUCCCUGCAAAUUCUCCACCCACAAAGACCACCCCUGCCCCAGUAAACUCAGCUUGAGCUAGCCUCCAUGUUCUGCCUCCCUGCUGGCAUUGGCCUCAUCCUAACCAAUCAACACAGAUGUUUUCUGGUGAUCUUCUGAGUUUUCUUCAGCUGGUAAUUUGUUGUACUCCCAAUAUUCAUGUAUUUUACCAGUCAAGCACUAUUUCUGAAGUUGAAUUAGAUAAUUGGUAAAUGAGGGUAGAAGGAAGCUUAGAAUAAAGUGUGUGUCCUUUCUGCCAUCUUGGUUCUACCCCAAUCCAUGGAUUUUCAAAACAAAUUUUAAUAACUAUAUUUCAGUCAAUUUAUUUUCUUUUUAAUUCUAUAUGCAUUUUUCAUGCAUUUUCAAAAUUAUUAUGAAAAGAAAUUUAUAGGUUUCAAUAGAUUGAUUAUGAGUGUGUACAAGAAUAUUAGGACUUUUAUUGUGAGGGCUACAUGCCCUUUUCAAGUAUUUUUUCUACUUUGGGUGUCUACCUGAUUCUUGCAACUUUCACAUGUGGCUCCAAGAAAUUGUAAUAAACCCAGCGUCCACACCCCAGUAAAACAGCAGACAAGCCAAACCAGGGUAAGGGUAAGCAAUGAACUUCAAUCGCCUUGGUGAAUUUGGGGGAAGUUUGCUCCAGGUAUAUAAAGACUCCCCUGAUGGAAUAGGUGUAUGGGAACCCUUUAUUCCAUGAAGGUAGUAUAAGCAUGUACCAUGGAGCUCUUAGAAUCUGGUGAGACAUUGAAGAGUUCAAGGUCAUCCAUUUCAUCCUGAACCAUCUGGAGUCAGAUUGAUUUUUGUCUUGCCACUGGACUUUGAUGAUUCUGGAAGAGAGAUUGAGGCCAAUUCCUUCAUACAAUUCUGCUUCACUUAAAUCUAAUUUAUGCACAAAUCAAAAAAUCACCAUAAUAUUUUACCAAUUUUUACCUAUCGAAGCCCUGUGACAAAGGACAAGUGAUGAGAAGCAGGUGUGGAUACACUAGGGGCUAUAGUUACAAGUCUGUAUACAAUCACUUAGGGGAUGGGGUCAUCUUCUUUUCACUAGACUGAAGCAGAAGUGGGAUUAGGCAGCCCCUGGGUACAAGAGCUUUUUUAAAGGACUGUACUGUCCACUCUUUCCUUUGAGGAAAGGGUUAGAAAAGGAAUCAUAAAAAAUUCUCUGCUUCACCUAACCAAAUACUGACUUGCAAACCAUGGAAGGCAGAAAUACUACCCUGUAGUCAAAACAUACACACACACAAAUGAUUAAAAAAAAAAAAAACUUUUGCAAAGAUUAUUUCACUUACCCUUUGUAUAGGGAAUGUAUGCACACUUAUUGACAACAUAACAUCCAAGAGACCUAAAAGACAAAUGGCUCUUGCUGUGAGAAUUUUGCCCAAAUUAUCACAUUUAGCUAGCAGCCCUGAGAGAAAUAAAACUGGUAAGUUUACCAAAGUAAGAGCUGGAUGUUUGCUUUUUUUUUUUUUUUUCUGUAGUGAUUACCAUGAUGGGAAGCACCAUGGAACUAGUGUAGCUUUUGCAAUCAGAUCUAAUAUAAUCAACAGUGUUGGACAUCUACCAAGAGGAGUGAAUAAUAGUCUUAUAAUAAUUUAAUUGGGAUUUGCAAGAAAGUGCCAUACUGUCAUCACUAGUGUUUUUGUUUCUUCCAGAAAAAGAAAUAAAAAUUUAUGAACACCUGGUAACAUUCAUCAUCAGUAUGCGAAAAGAGGACAAGCUUGGGGACUUUAAUGCCAGUGUAGAGACAAACUGUCAAAUAUGGCAGGGAGUCCUUGGGGAAAAUGAAUUCAGAAAAAGAAAGAACAACAUUCAAUUAACUACUGAAGAUCGUGAUUUUCAUGGCCUUCUUAUCACCAAUGUAAUCUUCCAUCUAUCUAAAUGCAAAAAAAAAAAAAAAUUCAUGGAUGCACCCUCACAGGAAACAUUGGUAUUUAAUUGACUGUGCCAUUGUAAACAGAAGAGACAGAUAGGGUCCAAGAGAGAUUUGUGGUACAUAGUACUGGGCCAUAAUUGACUUAUCUUGUACAA